CAUACAUACAAACACACACACACACACCAGUGUGAGCAGUGUGGCUGUUGGCUCAGUGCUGUGUAGUAGCUUGUGAGAGAGACAAGAUGCAGGCUGCAGCUCUGGUGAUGUUCCUGGGGGCCCUGGUGGGUCCCCUCCACGCGACGCCCCUGCCUUCUGAGUCCCAACUGCCCACUCAGGAGAACUUCAACCUGGACCGGUUCAUGGGGAAAUGGUAUAGUUUGGCCAAAGCCUCCACGUGUCCACUGUGGUUGAAGCACAAAGGAGAUUCAGCUGUUGGCACACUGGAGCUGCAAAAGCAGACCUCAGCAAACACAAUCAGCGUGACCAAAACUAAAUCCAGGAAGGGUGUCUGUAAGCAGAGUUCUGAUGAGUACAAAGUGACAGAAACGCCUGGCAGAUUCCAGUACUACUUUUCCAAAUGGGAUGCUGAUGUGGACAUGUACGUGGUGGACACCGACUAUGACGUGUAUGCCCUGGUGGUGAAGCACAAACACAAGCGUAACUCUGACAAAAGAGGCUCAAAUGUGUCCCUUUAUGGCCGUACUCCAGUACUACCAGAGGCCCUGAUGGAGACCUUCAGACGUGUGGUGACGGAACAAGGCAUGACCGAGGACAAUAUUGGCAUCAAGAAGAACAAAGGUGAAUGCAGUCCAGGUGAUGUGAGCCCUGACACACCUGUGGAAUAAGAAUGGCACAGCCUUAGUGGCCCCUUGUACCCUCAGACCCAGUGUCCUGAGCCGAAACUGGCAUGCACAGGAGACCCACACCUGCUCCACUCACUCUACUCAGGAUGCACGGCACUGCCAGAGAUGCCCACCGCUUACAGCCUUCUUCACAGCAAAGAUUUCACCCCACAGAAAAGAUCAUCUUUUAGAUUUCUAUUUCAUAAUCUUUUAUUAUAUUAUUAAUUAGUGGUUUUAUCUUUAAUAAAAUUGGAUGAUGUAUAUCUUAUGCAUUUUUUAAAUGUAUGAAGUUAAUUUUUGAAUACUUUGAAUACUGUUUAUAACAUAGAGUGGUACAACAUGAUUAAACAAGCUACAAAACUAUAAA